GAUUUACUGAGAUCUUCUCACUCAUGCACAGGUCACUUAAUGUCUCAAAGUCUAAGCAGUCAGGGGUCCACACAGCUGCAGAAUUAUGGCACCAGGAAGAAAGGGAAUCUUGGAGCGCCUUGGUGCAGGAGAGGUGGUGAUCGGUGAUGGAGGCUUUGUGGUUGCCCUGGAAAAAAGGGGCUACGUAAAGGCAGGACCCUGGACUCCUGAAGCUGCUGCAGAACACCCCGAAGCAGUGCGCCAGCUCCACAGAGAGUUCCUGAGGGCUGGGUCCAAUGUUAUGCAGACCUUCACCUUCUACGCCAGUGACGACAAACUGGAGAACCGAGGCAAUAAGCUCUCCUUCACUGGGUCCCAGAUUAAUGAGGCCGCCUGUGAUUUGGCCCGUGAGGUGGCCAACGAGGGUGAUGCGCUGGUUGCUGGAGGGGUGUCUCAAACUCCUUCCUACCUCAGCUGUAAGAGUGAGACAGAGGUGAAGGGCACCUUCAAAAAACAGCUGCAAGUGUUUAUGAAGAAAAACGUGGACUUCCUGAUUGCUGAGUACUUUGAGCACGUUGAAGAGGCAGUGUGGGCCGUGGAGGUACUGAAGGAGACAGGGAAGCCUGUAGCUGCUUCUCUGUGCAUCGGACCAGAGGGAGACAUGCACGGUGUUUCACCUGGAGAGUGUGCCGUCAGGCUGGUUAAAGCCGGUGCCCAGAUUGUGGGAGUCAACUGCCAUUUUGACCCCAUGACCUGUGUGAAGACUGUCAAAAUGAUGAAGGAGGGAGUGGAGAAAGCUGGGCUGAAGGCUCACUACAUGGUGCAGCCUCUUGCCUUCCACACACCUGACUGCAGCUGCCAAGGAUUCAUCAACCUGCCAGAAUUCCCCUUUGGCCUGGAGCCCAGGAUUCUGACCCGCUGGGACAUGCACAAGUACGCCAGGGAGGCCUACAAUGCAGGAAUCCGCUACAUUGGUGGCUGCUGUGGGUUUGAGCCUUACCAUAUCAGAGCUUUGGCAGAGGAGCUGGCUCCAGAGAGAGGAAUAAUGCCUGAAGGAUCAGAGAAACAUGGAAUGUGGGGUGCAGGACUGGAGAUGCACACCAAACCCUGGGUCAGAGCCAGGGCUCGCCGUGACUACUGGGAGAACCUGAAACCAGCCUCUGGUCGGCCGCUGUGUGCAUCCUUAUCCACCCCAGAUUGCUGGGGGGUCACUAAAGGCCACGCUGAUCUCAUGCAGCAAAAGGAAGCCACAUCUCAAGAACAACUCAAAGAGCUGUUCAGCAGAUCAAAGAACUAAUGAGUCUUCAGAUGUAACGGAAAAUGUAACAGCUGUGCAGUACAAGCUAAAUGUUAAUGUUACCAUCGGUGCUCAUCACUGCACCUAAAAAAGAGCGAGAAAUUCGUCAGCAUUUUUCCCCCUGAUGUCACAACUGCUGACUUGAGAUGGACACUGUUGAUUACAUGUGAAGCCACAGUGGAGCUCAGGUUAAGAUGCUGAGACGUGUUUCCCAUCAUCCUGCACCGAGUGUUUAGCAAAAUAACAAUAAAAUACAUGAACU